AUGUCUCCCAUCAACCCCGAGUAUGCCUUGUCGGCUUCCCACAAGGAGCUGCUCGAGAAGAGCCUUCUCGACUCCGACCCUGAGGUCGCUGAUAUCAUGAAGGCAGAGAUCCAGCGCCAGCGUGAGUCUAUUGUUCUCAUCGCCUCCGAGAACAUCACCUCUCGUGCUGUCUUCGAUGCCCUUGGUUCUCCCAUGUCCAACAAGUACUCUGAGGGUUACCCCGGUGCUCGUUACUAUGGAGGCAACCAGCACAUCGACCAGAUCGAGCUCCUGUGCCAGCGCCGUGCUCUUGCUACCUUCCACGCCGACCCCGAGAAGUGGGGUGUCAACGUCCAGUGCCUCAGUGGCAGCCCUGCCAACCUCCAGGUCUAUCAGGCCAUCAUGCCUCCUCACGGUCGCCUCAUGGGUCUUGACCUUCCCCACGGUGGUCACUUGAGCCACGGCUACCAGACUCCUUCCCGCAAGAUCUCCGCCGUCUCUACCUACUUCGAGACUAUGCCCUACCGCGUCGACCUCGAGACUGGCAUCAUCGACUACGACACCCUCGAGAAGAACGUCCAGCUCUACCGCCCCAAGGUCCUCGUUGCUGGUACCUCUGCCUACUGCCGCCUCAUUGACUACGCUCGCAUGCGUAAGAUCGCUGAUACCGUCGGUGCCUACCUCGUCGUCGACAUGGCUCACAUCUCCGGUCUCAUUGCCGCCGAGGUUAUCCCCUCUCCUUUCCUCCACGCCGAUAUUGUCACCACCACCACCCACAAGUCUCUCCGUGGCCCCCGUGGUGCCAUGAUCUUCUUCCGCAAGGGUGUCCGCUCCGUUGAUGCCAAGACCGGAAAGGAGACCCUUUACGAUCUCGAGGGCCCCAUUAACUUCUCUGUCUUCCCUGGCCACCAGGGUGGUCCUCACAACCACACCAUCACUGCUCUCGCAGUUGCUCUUAAGCAGGCCCAGACCCCCGAGUUCAAGGCUUACCAGGAGAAGGUCGUCUCCAACGCCAAGACCCUUGAGAACAAGUUCAAGGAGCUCGGCCACAAGCUUGUUGCCGAUGGCACUGACAGCCACAUGGUUCUGCUUGACCUCCGCCAGCACUCUCUUGACGGUGCUCGUGUUGAGGCUGUCCUUGAGCAGAUCAACAUUGCUUGCAACAAGAACGCUAUCCCUGGUGACAAGAGCGCCCUGACCCCUUGCGGUAUCCGUAUCGGUACCCCUGCCAUGUCCAGCCGUGGUUUCGGCGAGAAGGAUUUCGAGCGUGUCGCUGUUUACAUUGACGAAGCUGUCAAGAUCUGCAAGGAGGUCCAGGCUGGCCUUCCCAAGGAGGCCAACAAGCUCAAGGACUUCAAGGCCAAGGUUGCCACCGGUGAGAUUGCCCGCAUCAACGAGCUCCGCAAGGAGAUCUCCGAGUACACCAGCUCUUUCCCUCUCCCUGUUGAGGGCUGGCGUCUGGAUGCUGGCAUCUAA